CCCUUUCUGACACAACCCUCUGUAUUUAUCCGGGCAUGGGACCGGCACAAUGAGACCCUGGCUUGGGCCCCCUCGAGGCUACAUUACUAUUGUAGUUUGAAUAAUAAAAUAAAAACUGUAUUUAGUUUUUUUUUUUUUACAAUCUUCUUAUACUCAGAAAAAGAUAGGUACUUAUACUCCAUUGCAUUUACUGCUAUAACUUGUGAAAUACAACUUGAAUAAUCUACAAACCCACAAAUUCAGUAAUUGUAUAUUUUACAACCUGUAACGCAGAUGCUAAGUAAAAAAAAUAAAAAUAAACUAGCUAAAGCUAACAUGUAAAAGAGUUUAAAGCUUUUUUCUUUUUAAGAGCGUUUGUAAACUGUACCUGCGUAUCGUUUUCUCUCAGCCGGAAUAAUAGCAAGUUCCUGCGACGGCGAGGGAUCUACUCCAACUCCAAAUUAGCCAGCAAAGCUACACCAACUUGUAUUUUGUUCAGUUAAAUUAUAAAAAGAUAAAAAUAAAACAAGGCUAGACCAUCCAAAUUUAAAGCCCUUAACAUACGAUCUAUCUGCUUUAUGAAGGACCCGGCCGUCUGCAACCGCGACAUCGGAAGGAAUUUAGACACAGCUCAAGAGACCAAAACAAACGCUGAUGUCACGUCAGGGACAUGAUUUGUUUGGCUGGAUAUCGAUCGAUGUGUUCCUGGAUCGACUACUUGCUCUGGUGACACUGUUUGGGCGAAGUUUUUCACUUUUUUUAUGUUGAAUUUCUUAAAAAUAGUAAAAAACUGAAUUUUUUAAGAUAGAAAAUAUUUUUAGGAGCAUUAAAAUUUUGCUGUUUAAAAAGCAAGGGUUGAAAAAAAAAUCAGGAUAAAAAUUCUGAGAUUUAAAAAAAAUCAGAAAAAAAAUUCAGAGGUUAAAAAAAUUCUGAAAGAAAACUUCCAUAAAAUUCAAAAUGAGUUUUUGGUUUAAAGUUGAUGAACUUUGACUUUUAUACACACCACGUUUGUUACAAAUGUGACCUUAAAACUAACCUGUUUUAUCCAUUUUUUAAAAGAUCUAUAGAAAGGAUCAAAACAUAAAAACAAAAGCUUCCAAGACAAACAAAGUUAGCAUAAGAGAUGGAUACAAAAUUAUAACCUGAGAGUUUUUCAAAUGUCCAUUUUAAAAUGGAUUUUGUUGAAAAAAAUGUUUACCUUGUGAGAAUCUAUGAUCUAUAAAGAAAAACGCAUUAAAAUGCAGAAAAAAAACAUUAAAGAGCUGAAAAAAAGAAAAACAAAAAACAUAUAUAUUUCAAAAUGAUCUCAAAAUGUGAUGUGAAGUCUUUUAUUUUUUCAUCCUAUAGCUGACACCUCAUGAAUUCCUUUAACCUCAGUCGGUACCUACAGCGGUUAAAGCUGGCAGGUUGUAGAGUAUGCAGAUGCAGGAAGGACUCAACAAGUCCAGGAUGUCAAAAGGUUUAAAAAAAAAAAAUCACAACAAGCACAGGAAAAGGUCUAAGAACAAAAACUCAGCCAAUAAGAAAAGAAGCCAACAAUUCUCCAUCUCCAUGAGAACCCAGGAGGGAUCAGGACAACCAGGAGGAGUCACAGCCAAUGUCCACCGAACCACAACCAUAAACACAAGAGGGAACCCAUAACAACAGCUAUAUAACUGGCUACUGUAGGAAUACAGUAUGAUUGUAUUACUCAAGGAAAAUCUAAAACAUCUAUUUUUCUUAUUCCAGCGGGCAAAGCUAAACUGACAUCAGGAACAACAACUGUGUCAGUAGGAGACAGAGUGACACUGAUCUGCUCUGUGGAUGAAUCUGCUGGUUGGAAAUAUGAGUGGUUCAGAAGAACCUCAUAUAUAUCUGAAUACAGAAUCAAUGAUGGAGAAAAUGGAGAAAUCAGAGUCUCACAAGGAGGAAUCUACAGCUGCAGAGGAUUUAGAGGAGAACCAGCCUUCUACUCUGAUACAAGUGAUGAAGUCAACAUUAACAUAAACUUUUCCAACAAAGUCAUUGUGACACAGAAACCCAGCUGGUCUCAGAUGUUCAGAGGAGAGACGAUCACUCUGACAUGUGAGGUUCAGGGAGAUGAAGGAGUUCAGUGGAUGUAUCAAUGGAGAACUCCUCAGUCACAGACAUCCUGGAGAAACAAUAAAGACUGGACUAUCACAGCUUCCAUCACUGGAGAAUACAGCUGUAAGAGCAGAUCCAUAUAUGAUUCAUAUUCUUCAACAAACUGGAGUGAAAAUGUCACGUUAUCUUUAUCUGCAUCAGACAAACCGGGAGCCAGACUGACAGCAGGCACAACAACUGUGUCAGUAGGAGACAAUGUGACUCUGAUCUGCUCUGUGGAUGAAUCUGCUGGUUGGAAAUAUGAGUGGUUCAGAAGAACCUCAAAUAUAUCUGAAUACAGAAUAUAUGGUGGAGAAAAUGGAGAAAUCAGAGUCUCACAAGGAGGAAUCUACAGCUGCAGAGGAUUUAGAGGAGAACCAGCCUUCUACUCUGAUACAAGUGAUGAAGUAACUAUUAACAUAACGCAACCUGAACCUGUCCUAAGAGUGUCUCCACGGUGGUUGAGUCCUGGAUCCUCAGUGACUCUGAGCUGUGAGGUUGAACAUGAGUCUGCAGGAUGGAGCUUCUACUGGUAUAAAGCUGUUCCUGAUCUAUCACACAAGUCUGGCUCUUACAGCUAUGAGCUGCUGCCUGCUAGCUCCAAUGGGACUGCAGACAACUCCUACAUCAUUCAUGGACAGACACACACAGCAGGAUAUGUGUGCAGAGCUGGAAGAGGAGAGCCACACGUCUACACUCUUUACAGUCAACCUCACUUUGUCUGGUCUGGAGAUCUUCAUCCAUCAGCGUCUCUCUCAGUGAGUCCUGACAGAGUCCAACACUUCACCUCUGACUCUGUCUCUCUGACCUGUGAGGGAAACUCUGCUGAGUGGAGAGUCGGCAGCUUUCUGCUUCCUGACUUGCUGUCAUUCUGUUCUGACUGGGGAACAAUGAAUGGAUCAACAUGUCAUGUUCAGAAGAUCCAGUCCAGUAAUGCAGUGUUCUGGUGUGAGUCUGGAUCAGCAUUCAGCAACGCAGUCAACAUCACUGGACACUAUGAUGAUCUGAUCCUGCUGAGUCCUGUCCAUCCUGUGACUGAGGGACAUUCUGUUACUCUUGGCUGCAAGUGGAGGACAGAAAAUCUUCUUUCUAAAGUGUUUUUCUAUCAGAAUGACACAUUAAUCCAAAGUGAGAGCAGAGUGGAGAUGAUCAUCCCUGCAGUGUCAAAGUCACAUGAAGGCUUCUACAAGUGUCAGUCCUCAGGAAAAGAAUCUCCACAGAGCUGGUUGGCAGUAACAUCAUCCAGACCUGACAGCUCUUCACUUCCUGUUCUGUUGAUUGUUGGACCAGUUUGUGUCUUUUUACUGAUGAUUUUUCCACUGAUGUUUUAUUUGUACAAAAAGUCAAAAGAUUCAACCUCCAUCAGGUCUGAUGAACAAAAUCAGAACAAAGUUCCAGAUGAGAAUGAUGCUGAACAGAACACAUAUGGAUCUCUGCUGCAUGGUGAUGUUGCUCUUUAUGAGUCACUCAGAGUCCAUGAAGACACAGAGAACAAUCCAGAUUAUGCCAACAUAGGUAAUCUGAGGGGAUUUGGGGGAUGAUGGCCAGUUACUGAUAAUGAAAUUGAAUUGAAUUGAACUUGAAUUGAAUUUUAUUCAUAUCCCAAAGGGAUAAAUUAAUUAUUCAUCAAUUCAAAAUGCAUCAAUUUGUCAAGUUUAAUAAAUAAACAUUGACAUUUUAUUUCUAUUCCAACAGUUCUACUUUAGAACUUGGGAUCUUGGGAUCUUUAAAACAUGAAAACAUGUUCCUGCAGUCUGCAUACAGUGAUGAUUGGUGCAAGUUUGUUUUCUAUUUUAUCUCUGGAUUUAGAACUGCUGUCACUAUAUACACUUCCAGCUAAACUUUUCUACAGAAAUGUGUUUUUGUCUGUUUGUUUGUUUGUUUAUUUGUCAAUAAUUGUCCGGUUUGCAUUGUCUUGAAGUUGAGUCAUUGUAAUUGGACUCAUUCAACUGCUUCAUCAGUCUGAAUGUUCAAGGAUUCAGUCCACAUUUGUAUCCUCCAGGUAGAACACAGUUUCAUGUAAGUAUGGAUCAUUAACAGAAACAAAGAAACAAAACCAGAGUAUACACCUCUCCUCUAGUAAUCCCCAUAGCCCUAUUGUUGGGUUGUUGGGUGUGGUCACUCUGGUGUUUUGGUCUCCUAUUUACCAUGCUGCCUGCAUGGUAAAUAGGAAACUAAUGCCUCGUUUCCACUGAGCGGUCCAGACAGUACUAGACUUUUUAGCGUUUUCUUUACAAAAUGGACCCGACUGAUACCAUAUCUAGACCCACGUUGGUCCACAAAAAAAUGGAAUGAACCCGUGAGGGCGGAGCUUCAUUACUCACACGAUGUAACCCAUUGAUUGGUGGAAAGGUUUUACGAUAACAGGAAGCGUCUGACCAACGCUUUUCAUGGCUCAAGAUCCAAACCAAAAGUUCUGAAGUUCUGUCCUCUUUUCGGCUGGAUUUCUCUUCGCCCUGGUGUUGAACCUUUCCUGCUUCGUUUCCCGACUGUGGUCAGGAGACGCAGGAGAGAUCUUCUUUGAAGCUUGCUCUUCUUCCGGGGUUCAUCUCCCUGUUCAAAGCUUCAGAGCCUCCGGAGCGUGUGAAGCCAAAGAAUACGUCUCAGUUCUUAGAGGAACUUUUUGUUUAUUACUUUUCAUUGCACUGCCAACUGACAACUUUUUCUUUCUCUCCACGCAGUGCGCACUGCUUCCCUCAUGCACGCGCUCAGGCACUCUUUCUCCCGGCCUUUCCUGCACCACGUUAAGCUAAGACGCACAGGUUGCAGCACAAACACUAAUUUCAGAACACCCGCAAUCUUUUUGCAAAGAAUAAUAAAUUCUUUCCAUACAGUGUUCCCCUUAUUCAUGGGGUUUGAGGACCAGAGACACGCUGAAUCCACAAACACAGACACACACACACACACCACUUCCUGUCUCACCCGACCUCCGCGGUCAAAGAAUGUCCGUUACCGAUCCAAACUCAUCAGAAACACUUCUGAUCAUGCUUUUUAAACAUUUAUUGAUGAACAUUGGAGUAUUAAUCAACAAAAAGAGCUUUUUUCCCAAUUCAAUUCAGAACAAUAGACGGUUCUGCAGCGCAGCUCCGAAUUAUAAUUA